AUGAAGGUCAAAGUCAUCCCUGUGCUUGAGGACAACUACAUGUACCUGGUCAUCGAGGAGCGCACGCGGGAAGCUGUGGCCGUGGACGUGGCCGUGCCCAAACGGCUGCUGGAGAUCGUGGGCCGGGAGGGGGUAUCACUGACCACUGUGCUGACAACCCAUCACCACUGGGACCACGCUCGCGGCAACGCGGAACUGGUGAGGCUGCUGCCUGGUCUGGUGGUGUUGGGUGCGGACGAGCGCAUCUGUGCACUGACGCGCAGGCUGGCACACGGCGAGGAGCUGCGGUUUGGGGCCAUCCACGUGCGCUGCCUCCUGACGCCCGGCCACACCUUGGGCCACAUGAGCUACUUCCUGUGGGAAGAGGAGUGUCCGGACCCUCCUGCUGUGUUCUCAGGGGAUGCACUGUCCAUGGCCGGCUGCGGCUCACGCCUGGAGGGCACAGCUCAGCAGAUGUACCAGAGCUUGGUGGAGACCCUGGGCACCCUGCCCCCUGAGACAAAGGUGUUCUGUGGUCACGAGCACACACUGGGCAACCUCGAGUUUGCACAGAAAGUGGAGCCUUACAACGACCACGUGAAGGCCAAGCUGUCAUGGGCCAAGCAGAGGGAUGAGGACGAUGUGCCCACAGUGCCUGCAACCCUGGGCGAGGAACUCCUUUACAACCCGUUCCUGAGGGUGGCAGAGGAGCCUGUGCGGGAGUUCACGGGGAAGGUGGCACCAGCCGACGUCUUGGAUGUGCUCUGCAGGGAGCGAGCGAGCUUUGAGAGGGCGGCUGAGCCGCUGCAGCCACAGGCCCGGGCCCUCCUCGCGCUGCAGUGGGGGCUCCUGAGCACACCCCGGCAGAAGUGA